CAAUAUCGACAUCACCAAAUGUCGAUGUUAAAAACCGCCCCUUAAAAUUAUUAAAUUAAAACAAUUACAAUUGAAGAGCGAUAGUUUUGAUCGCAAUAGACCAAAAAUGUUGGUUCUUGUUUUGGGUGAUUUACACAUUCCACAUAGAUGUAGUACCUUACCUGCUAAGUUUAAAAAACUUCUUUUACCAGGACGAAUACAACACAUCCUGUGUACUGGAAACUUAUGUACAAAAGAAUCCUAUGAUUACUUGAAAACUUUAGCCAGUGAUGUACACGUCGUAAGGGGGGAUUUUGAUGACAAUUUAAACUACCCAGAACAAAAAGUUGUCACAGUUGGACAAUUUCGCAUAGGUUUGUUACAUGGUCACCAAGUUGUUCCGUGGGGUGAUCCAGAGUCCCUAGCGUUAAUUCAGAGACAGUUGGACGUCGAUAUUCUCAUUUCGGGUCAUACGCAUAAGUUUGAGGCCUAUGAACAUGAAAAUAAGUUUUAUAUUAAUCCAGGUUCGGCGACAGGGGCGUAUAAUGCUUUGGAUAUUACGGUGACGCCGUCUUUUGUUUUAAUGGAUAUACAGAACACCACUGUUGUGACGUAUGUGUAUCAACUUGUUGGUGAUGAUGUGAAAGUGGAAAGGAUCGAAUUUAAAAAGAACUGAAGCCGUUAUUUUUAUAUUUAUAUGUAUAAAUUGUGUUAUUUAUAAGCGGAUGAUUUUUAUUAUAUCGUGGAUUGUACAAUUUCAAGUUUAUACAAGAAUUAUCGUUGUAAAUUAAUUAGGCACAGAUCUUGUAGUUGCAAUUGGUUCAUUGCAUUGUUUGUUUAUAAUUUUCUCCAAUCAAAACUAAUUAUAAAUUAUUAAUUGA